AUGGAUAAAUUUGGUACUUCCUUUCAGUCUGUUGAGGGGCCAACUGAUGGGCCUAAUCUAAAAAAUGCUAGGUUGGUGGGUGUGUACAUUGGAGCCAAUUGGAGUGUUCCAUGUUAACGAUUUACUCCUUCGUUGAUCGAGUUUUACACGAAGAUAAAUGAGGAUAUUCAAUAAUUCGAAAUAAUUUACAUUGGUAUGGAUGAGAAUGAGGAGAAGUAUAAGGAGACAGUUACUGAUAUGCCUUGGUUGUUUUAUGAUUUCAAAGAGUUUAUAAAGUAUUAAGUGUAUUAUGAAUAUAAAAAACAUAUAUAAGGUAAGAAUAAAAGUAAUGCUAUAGGCGUCCCUUGUUUGCUUAUUUUGAAUCCAAACAAUGGCUAAGUGAUUACGAAUCAAGGGAGAGGCACAGUUGAAAAGGAAGGCCAGGGAGCAUUCGAGAAAUGGUUGACUCAGAUGAGUUUCAAAUGA